CACACACACACACCCAUAGACACACGCGCGGGACCCCUCUCUCUCGCCAGUUCCCUUUCCUCGCCUCCCGAUGUUCUCUCUCCUGGCCACCAGGGGGUCCGCCCUGCGCACGCCCCUGGUGCGGCUUGUCGCAACCCCCCCGGCCCGGCCGGCUGCCCUCCCGGCUGCCACCGCCAUCAACCGGCGUUUUUUCCGUUGGUCGCCCUCCUGCUCGGCUGCCCACCCGGACGACUCUUCCAACGUGUGGGGCUCCGCCGAGGAUGAGGAUAGCCCAUUCAAGAUCCUUGGGGUAAAUCCCACCUCGGAGAUGACAACAAUUCGUCGUGCAUACUACCGUCUGGCCAUCCAGCUCCAUCCCGACAAGGCUGUCACUGAGGAGGAGCGCGAAACUAAUGCCCGGCGCUUUCUCCAGGUGAAUGAGGCGUACCGGUCCCUGUCGGAGGCUGCCCGCAGUGGGCGCCUGGCGCAUGUGGCCGAGGUGGAGGACGACAUGAACGACUCGGACCUGGACGACGGCCUCUUCCGGACUUGGAUGCGAGCUGAGGCAGCCGAGUAUGCGGCCAACGGUCCGGGCGAACAGGCAGCCGACAACGGGGACUUCCGUCGUGUCGAUCCCGCGGCCGAGGCCGGCAUGAUGCCCGAGGUCGGUGGCGAAAGCUACCUCGGCCCGACGGCCGACAGUGUCAAGAAAUUCCGCAAGGCCAUGUUCAGGGUCGUCGGCGAGAACUGGGACACUCUCAUCCAUGACCAUGUUGAGCGGCGUGACCUGCCGGCCGCCUUCGACACGCUCCGGCAAAUGUUGGACCAUGGUGCCAAGCCGACACGUGUCACUUUUGAUCUGCUCAUUCGUGGCUGUGUGCUUCUCAUGCAGCCGGCCCCCUCCUUCCGCGUGGCUGAUCCCCUGACACGGCGCCUGUGGCGUACGGUGGACGAGCUCUUCCAGGCCAUGAAGGACUUCAAGCUGACGCCCGAUACCUGGACCUACCACGAGAUGAUCCGAGCCAGCGGCAAGUGUGGAAGAUUCCGCCGCGCCAAGAAGUACUUCGAGUACAUGACAACCAAGCCCUUCCUCCUGCCCAACCGCCACGUCUACAACAGCAUGCUGGAGGUUUGCAUGCGCACGCACAACUAUGACUACGCUUUCGAGGUCAUGGAAAUCAUGCACGACAUCACUCGAACCAUUUGGUUUGGCAAAUCCAAGCACCGGCCAGAUGCAGUGACCCAGUCACUUCUGCUCCAUAUGGCCACCCGCCAUGAGAUCGGGCCCCCCCGGCUGGAGCAGCUUCCCCGGGUGGUGGAGCUCAUGAAUAAGGAUGCCUUCCUCCGGCCAGCUCCCCGGACCGCCCGGCGCCUACUGGCCGAAACUGCCCAGUUCGGCACACCGGAACAGGUGAUGGAAUUGGCCCGUGCCUGCACCAAGGCCGGAGCCACGCUUGCCAGUGGCGCCCCGGACCCCGAUCUCUGGUACCGUCUGGCUGACGGGGAGGCCGGGGCCGUGCCCCAGCUGCUGGCCGCCAUCAACGAGCACGGAGUGGAUUACGUGGCCGAUGGCGAGCACGUCCUUCUCACCCCGUCCGCCACGUCGGACUUGACCCCGCAACUGAGCGCCGGCCGGGCCGGAGCCGGAGCCGGAGCCAGGGCCGAUGCCCUUCCCCCUGGAGGGGCUGCAUCUGACGAUCAAAGCAACCAGCUUCCGGGCGUCGGCCCGACUCGCUCGAACUAGAAUAUGCCUGGUUGGUGUCCUUCUUUUUUUUUACACCCAGUCCCCGGCGCCGCCUCCAUCACCGGGUCCCUCUUUCGUUCUUCGGGAGCGGCGGGGGAAAGUCGGAAAUACCGCGAACAGAUGCGCGCCAGGAGGGGAGACCCCGCGAGCGCGGCUCUCCUCUCGGCACUUUGAAAUAGACAUAUACACAUACAUUUACAGUACUGGGCCUGGCUCGACAUCCCAUCACCAAAAAGACGACCCGCAGGAUAGAUGGACUGUCCUGGACGGAGGAAAGGGCUCGCCA